AUGUUUGGACCGGCAAAGGGUGGCUAUUUUGGAGUCCACCUGCCGGCUUCUUACCCCGGCGGCGUCUGCCAACCUGCUGCCGGGACCAAAGCUGGCCCCACGGGUGUCUGGUCUGUGGGCGGCCGGACCGACACGAUGUGGCGGCUCCGCUGCAAGGCCAAGGAUGGCACCCAUGUUUUGCAGGGGUUGUCCAGCCGGACCCGGAUGCGGGAACUCCAGGGCCAAAUUGCCGCCAUCACCGGGAUCGCCCCCGGCUGUCAGCGAAUCCUCGUAGGAUACCCGCCCGAGUGCCUGGACCUCAGCAACGGGGAUACCAUUCUGGAGGAUUUGCCCAUUCAGUCAGGCGACAUGCUGAUUGUUGAAGAAGACCAAACCAGGCCCAAAAUGUCACCUGCAUUUACAAAACAUGGUGCUCCUAGUUACAUCAGGGAAACUUUGCCUGUGCUUACCAGAGCAGUGGUCCCAGCAGACAACUCUUGCCUCUUUACCAGUGUGUACUAUGUUGUUGAAGGAGGAGUCUUGAAUCCAGCUUGUGCCCCUGAGAUGAGACAUCUCAUAGCACAAAUUGUAGCAAGCAAUCCAGACUUCUAUAGCAAGGCAAUACUGGGAAAAACAAAUCAAGAGUACUGUGACUGGAUCAAAAGGGAUGAUACUUGGGGUGGAGCUAUUGAGAUAUCCAUUUUGUCUAAGUUUUAUCAAUGCGAAAUAUGUGUGGUGGAUACACAGACAGUACGAAUUGAUCGUUUUGGGGAAGAUGCAGGAUAUACCAAAAGGGUCCUGCUUAUUUAUGAUGGCAUCCACUAUGAUCCGCUUCAGCGUGUCUUCCCCAACCCAGACACCCCUCCUCUGACCAUUUUCUCCUCUAAUGAUGAUAUUGUUCUUGUGCAAGCACUGGAAUUAGCAGAUGAAGCUAGAAGCAAGAGACAAUUUACUGAUGUAAACCGCUUCACCCUGAGAUGCAUGGUAUGUCAGAAGGGAUUAACUGGACACGCAGAAGCAAGGGACCAUGCCAAGGAGACAGGCCAUACCAACUUCGGAGAAGUGUGAUCCAUGCAUAAUGAGGAUUGACGCCUACUACCUCACAGAGCCAGAAGGUUCUGGGUUUUCCAAUAAGCUAUUCGUAACCCUAAAGAACAAAAGGACACAAUGCUUGAACCAUCCUUUUAACCUAAAGCCACUAAGACACUGAAUUCCUUGUUAAAAUUAGUGUGCAAGUUUACAGAUGUGUGUCUACAGUGGUGAUACAUGCCCUCUCUCUGCUGGGGUGACAGAAUAUAGGUGGUCCUUGCUACCUACUGACACUAACCUGAAGAUUGACUUUUAGUAUUAUAAACUAGCACCCAGCAGCAUUAACUUGUAGAAGAAAACAACUUCAUAUUUUGGGUAAUGCGAAAGGCCUCAGGUGAGGCCACCGGACAUAAACCACAAUGUCUCCGGUAAUUGAGUCCUUUUAAGAACUGAGUUAAUAGUUUCUAAAUUAUGAAUUGAUUCCUCAAGUGAAGAUACUCAGAAUUGUCAAAACUGAUUUAUGUUGCAACUUGGUAGACUUUAUAAAUGUGUACUUCACCAGUUAAAAGUACAUAAGAAGCAAUUUUUACAGGGUUGAGUCUACUCCUUGAGAAUGUUACCUAACAACAAGAACUGAUAGUGCCCAGUUAAGGAUUUCUAGUGUUAUAAAAGUAGAAUGUAUUAGAGAGGAGGUGCCUGAGCAGAUUACUGAAGCUUUAAAAGACCGUUGGCCUCAUGUUUUGUGGGGUUUUUUUGUGAUACGAGGGCCUCUCACUGCUGUGGCCUCUCCCGUUGCGGAGCACAGGCUCCGGACGCGCAGGCUCAGCAGCCAUGGCUCACGGGCCCAGCUGCUCCGCGGCAUGUGGCAUCUUCCCGGACCGGGGCACGAACCCGUGUCCCUUGCAUCGGCAGGCGGACUCUCAACCACUGCGCCACCAGGGAAGCCCGGCCUCGUGUUUUAAUGCAACUCAUUUAUUCAUCUUUGUCGCAUUGGAUAAAACUUUAAAAUUAAGCAGGAUAUUUUUUUUAAUUGUAGUUCCUUGAAAUUUGAAUGCUCUAUUUUUGCCUUUCUACCUAAGAUUUGCCUGGAGGGAUUUGAUUUCCUCAGCCUUUUGUUAAGAGCACUUCCUCCAACUCCUAAAAAAACUUUUCAUCUAAAAUUAUAACGUGCUUUGGUUUGGUUUUUGUGAGAUCUUUGGCUACCUAAACAGAAUUUGUUUUCAUGCUAGCCUUAUCCCACCACUAAUGCUCUUUUAAAUGAUUUCAUGUGUCUGAAAAUUAGCACUUUUAUCCACCAUCUUUUACCUUGACUUUUGCAUAGUUUUAAAGUAAUCGGGAUAAUAAUAUUGAAUGAAUUUGUUUCACUUACAAAAUAUGACAGUUUUUAAAUCUUUGCCUUAUUCAGCCUUCUCAGAAUUCUGCUUCUUACUGAUAUUAGAUGUGUAGCCAUUUCCUUGGUGGGCUAAUCCACAAGGCACACCCUCUAAAACUUAGCUUCACUAUGAGAUCUUCCAGAUAAAAGUUUUCUACCUCUUUUCUUAAUUCUUCUGACGAUCAGGGAUGCUAAAUUAUAAUUUGUUAUGCAUUAUCUUACAUAAUGUGAAGAGGCCUGAUGUUGUAAAGUUUUAUUAUCUUGGUCUCAUUUUUGAUUAAGUAUCUCACUUAGAAAACCAAUGGUAUGGGAAUUCCCUGGCAGUCCAGUGGUUAGGACUCCGUGCUUUCAUUGCCAAGGGCGCGAGUUCAAUCCUUGGUUGGGGAACUAAGGUCCCACAAGCCGCGUGGCGUGGCCAAAAAAAAAAACCCAAUGGUAUACUUUAAAGCACAUGUAUAUUUUAGCAUAUCUUCUUGGCAAAUGUUUCAAAAUUGAGAUUUACUUUUAGCACUUUCACUUGGUAGAGAUAGCCAUAUAAAAUUAAGGAAUAUGUAAACAAUUUAGGAGAAAUGUACCUUUAAGGAACAAUUCACAAAAUAUGCUUGAAAUCAUUA